AAAACGCAUCGUUUCAUUAAUCACGGUUGAAAAGUCGAAGGAAAAUAGGUGGCUUCUGCAGAUGAUGUGUGGCUCUCUCUAAAGUUUUCGUUUCUCUGACUAAAAGGGGUUCGAGGGCUUUCGUGUCCUGCUUCAAUCCGGCAUGAUUUUAACGGCAAUGAUGCGGUUGUCGAGACAGUUAUUAACGAGGAGAUCAACGGUGAGCUUUAAUGGACGUAUCGUUUUGAAUUGAUAACCGGAUGGUUUAGAUUACUUUUGCCAGCUGUAGUUAGUUAUAGUUCAGUGUAUAAAAGAUGUAAUUUGUCACAAUUAUUGUAUGAUUUUUGAGGCUAUUGAAUGAAACUUCAGUUUAAUAGAUUCUUGGAGAAGCUCUUUUUGGUAUCUCUGUUGCUGGAGGUGUUGAAUUAUGUCCUUUUGAUUCUUGAGGACCACAUCAAUACGAUCACGUUUUUGUGGUACAAUGCGUUUAAGGCCAAGCAAAAGGCCAGUCAGCAGAACAUUCAUCUGGAGAAGUUGGCGGUGCUGUUUAAUUUGGGGGCAGUGUAUGGUCAGAUGGGGUUGUCGGUCAAUUGCGCCACCAUGGAGGGGCUGCGGGAGGCAUCGCACACAUUCAUUGCGGCAGCUGGAGCCUUUCCUUAUUUGAGAGAUAAUGCGUCCACGAAGGCGAGUAUGAGGAGCCCCACGACGGUGGAUGUCAGCCUCAAGUGCACCGGAAUGUUGGAGAGAUUGAUGCUGGCCCAAGCUCAAGAGUGUUUGUUUGAGAAUACGAUUGCUAAAGGGAGUAUGCCUGGUGUUUGCACUAAAAUUUCUAGACAAAGUGUUGUUGCCUGGGACAUGCUGCUGAAAGUUUAUAGCAAUUUUGUUGAUGCUCAAGAGAGACGCAGGAUCGAGCAGCUAGAAUUGUUUGAUGAAUUUGAGUGGCACAUGAUGCAGAAGCACUACUGUGUUGCUUAUGCAAUCAAUGAUGCCAUGGAAAGUCCAUUGUCAUAAAAUAAAAUUAAGUGUUUGGCUAAAGGGGUAUAAACAAUCUUCCCUGCAGCAAACACCGUUUCAUUUGUCUGGUCCACCUGUAAAACCUCUUUAGCUUUAAUUUUAGCUAUUUUAUUUAGUGGGAUUAAUACAAAAGUUAACUUUCACCGGAAAUAAACAAAGAAAA